AUGGACUCUAUCGUCGUAGGCAGAAAGGAUGGAGGUACAGCGCCAGAUCGUUUCUGGGAAGAGGCCAGUGACAUCUUCUACCAAGGCCUUGGUAAAGCCAAAAGGGCAAAACUCGAUGAUACCAUUCACCUUGAAGAUACUAUUAAAAGUUUGCAGCUUACUCAGAGCAAGGUUUCAAACGAGGAUGGGACCCACACUUUGCGUGUUGCAAGCAAAGAUAUCGAUAUCAAAGUUGGCGGUACUCGGAAGCUUGUAUUUGAUCACGGAGAAUUCGGUCGGACAUUGAUCGGAGUAUUUGGUGGCGAGUUUGAGGAGUUCAAGAAGAUCGUGGACGAUGCUAGAGGAAAGCGAGAUGCAUUGAAAGGGACGGCAUAUGUUGCUUUGAAAACAGCCGCUAUUGGUAUAUUGGAAGGUGACUCCGAAGUUCUCGAGGAUGUCCAUGAAGUCAUCAAUGCCAUCACGAUUCCAGAUCUCAAGGUCAUCCAAGCUGAGCUUUCCAAAAAGAGAGAGCACAAAGAGAAGAAGGACUUGGAGAAAGCUUUUCGAGAGCUAAAAGACUGGCUACUGGCCGGCACUUCCGCUAAAACCCAGGCGCCUGAGGCGCAGUACCUCGCGCAUCUCAAACAUUGA